AUUGAUCGUCUUCUUUGUACUAGAGUACUGACUCAAGAUUUAAAUCGUUUUUCUCUUAUCAGUCAUUUUCUUAUCGUAUAGAGUAUCAAUCUGCAAUGGGGUUCCAAUUCAUGAAGAUUUUUCCAUUGAUAUUUUUCUUUCAAGUCCUACAAUAUGUGAGGGCUGAUUUGAAGGUAGACAGACAAGACUUAAGAAUAGUUGUCAAUGAUAGUAAUACGUUUGAUUUAUAUUUGACAAACAAACUUUUAGAUCAAAUAAGCGUCAGUUUAAGUGCCAAACAUGCAAAUAUUCUAGAAAUAAAACCUGCCACGUUCAAUGUCUCAAAGAAUGAUCGAAAUACCCAUUGGAACAUUACUGUGAUUGGGUUAUCUCCCGGCUAUUCAGUGAUUAGUACUGAUGUCACUCCAAAUGUCACGAAGUAAGAUAUUUUAUUUGUUAUUUUACAAGA